CUUCAGCGGGCAAGCGAGCGACAAUGGGGUUCGCCAGGGUCGAUGAGCCGAUCGCCCAUUCGUCGGAGGUGCGACACCACGGGCGACCGCUGUCUGUGUGACACAUUCGCGUCCCGCUGUCCUCGCUACGUGAACCACUCGCGUCGCAGUGAAUAGCCCGCCUUCCACUCUUCGUCAGUCCGCACAGCAUGCUCCGCCAUGCUCGUCGUACUAGUCGCCGCCGCGCUUUAAGCUUCCGCCGGCAUGCCGCCCCGCGGCUCCGCUCAGUCCCCGCGCCCCACCGGUAACUCUCCCCCGUCCGCCCUCGCACUCCCCCUCUUCUCCGCGCGCCCCUUCCUGCUCGGCGCGGCCGUCGCGCUGCUACUCUCGCAGGCGGCGCUGCUUCUCCGCCUCUCCUCCCCGCUCUCCCCCCUCCGCGUCCCCCCAUCCCGCGAUGCGCUCUACCCCAACUCAGCGCCGAGCCUCCGAUCCGCGGAUGCGGGAGGCUCGGCAGCAGGCUCGGACGACGAGGGGAGCGGAGAAGCCGCCGUGGAGUCGCAGGGCGACGGCGACCAGUCGCAGCUACAGUCGCAGCAGCAGUCGCAGGACAUGGGGGCGCUGCGGAAUGUGACGGAAUUAGCGCAAUGGGCGGCGGAAAUCGCGGACGCGCUGGCUGCAGUGUUCCCCGAGAUGCUGGAGUCGCGUGAUUCCUUUCUCCAGCGCCUCUUGAAGCCAUACCCGCAAGAUACACCUGCCCCAGUGGCCACCUGCUCCAUCCCCCAGCAGCGGGACCCUGAUGCGCGCAUGCUGGCAGGCGUGACUCGCAGCAUCGAGGCCGCUGCCAUUGCCCUCGCAUGCUCCAACGCCACCCUCUCGCGCUCCUUCCGCCGCUCACUCUGCCCCGCGACUAGCAACAGCGGUGGAACGAUAGAUGGCAAUGGCGGCAGGAACAGCAGCGCAUUCUCGGCAGGUAAUGGGACUGACCAGCCCGACCCAUACGAUGCUGCCGGCCGUGCCAGGCUGGCCCACGUGCUCCUCUCGCUCCACCAGUCGUCCUCCUCCACGUGGCUCCCUCCCUGGCUCUCUCGCCUCCUGCCCACGUGGCUGCAUCCCAUUGGCUGGAGCGGAGCUGGCAGCAAGCACAGGCCAGGAAGUCAGAGAAGUCAGACAAGUCAAGGCAGUCACACAGGGGAUGAGCGAGGGAGGUGGAAGAGCAGGGGGGGUAGCAGGGGGGCCAGCGGGGGCGGCCAUGAGAGUGCAAGUGGCAGGGGUAGCGUUAGCGAGGCGCGGGAGGGCGAGUGGAGGUUCUUCCUGUCAGCCAUGGCGUUCAACCGUGCUGCUGCCGCUGCUGCUGCGACUGGUGGUGCUGGCGUGUGGUCGGAGCAGUGCCAGGCUGCUGCGUUCUCCACCUUCCAGUGGAUCGAGUACAUGCGGUAUGCGGGUGCAGAGCACGUGUUCUGGUACGACUGUGCUUGCAGCGACGCCGAGAGCCAGGCGACCACCCUCUCUCUCUACUCACAUGCAGGGCUGCUCACCUACCACCGCCUGCACCACAUAGCGCCUCCCCCUGCCGGUGCUGACUACCACUUCGACCAGGAUACCUCCCUCUCGCACUUCCUCCAGCACCACCGCCACGAGUCUAAGUGGGUGGCCUUUGCUGACGUGGACGAGUACCUCUUCAUGCCGCCCGACACCCGCCCCUUCUUCCUCACGCGCCUCCUGCUGCGCCGCCCCUGCGCCGCCCAAAACUCCGGUGCAGGUGGCAGCAGGAGUGGCGACAAUUCUGUGCGGUUAGGCACUGGUGAAGGGGCAGGAAGAGGAAGAGGAGAGGGAGAGGGGAGCGAGGGGGAAGGCGAGAGGCCACACAGUCUACAACCAGUUCUUCAUCGGCUACCCACGCCCUCCCCCGUGCGCCUCACUAUAGAGCGAUUCAUCCACCGCCCGCUGCGCCCGCCCGACCACCACGACCGCCUGCGCGCCAAGCUGCUGCUGCAGCCCGCCGCCGCCCUCGGGUUCCUCUCCAAUGCUCCCCACCGUGCCCUCAUGCACUCGGGAGAGACCUUAGUGGCUGAUCCUGGUUUGAUACGGGUGAAUCACUACUGGGGUGCAAGGGGCCUGCUGGUGAAUGCGAGUGAGAGGGAGAGGGAGGAAGUGGAGGAUGGGUCGAUGGAGGAUAGGAGCAUGCAGGUUAUAGCGGAUGUGAUUAAAGAGAGGUUGAGGUGGGUGUUGCCGGUGCUGCCGGUGCUGUGUGAGAGGGAGGCGGUGCGUGCUGCUAUGGUGGACGCUCGGAGGUUGGCUGACAAGCUGCAGCAAGCAGUGAGGAUGGAAAAUGGGUGAUGAUGAGCAGUUGUAAUUGUGCACAAAUAUUGUGCAUUGUUCACUCUCAGAUGCGGGUCUACACACGUAGUGCAUCCGACAUGAUACCGUAUCUUCGCUGUGUACUAUGUGCAUGUUAAAGAACUAGUAGGAUUCAUUAAUCGUAGCACACCUACCAAGCCU